AUGCAACAAGAAAAAAUAGUCUUUCUCUCUCUUUUCUGUUAUCCCUCCCUUUCUACUCUCCCUAUCACCUUCUUCCUCAAGCUAUCUAAAUUACAAAAGAGAGGAAUCCGGAACCAGCACAGCGCGCCGGAGUACAACAGCAGCAGCAUAAAGAAAGCUAGAUUAGAAUCAACUUUGGCGGCGCUUCUCGGCGAUUCGAUUCUUUUCGACGUGCCCAAGAAGCUUUCUCUUUCCGAUGUGGACACUCUCAUCUGCUUGGAGCUUGGCAGCGCCAUGCGCAUCACAAUCCUCAAAUUAGACGGCACAUCCUUUGAGGUCUUGUUGAUGAAUUCUGCAACCGUGAAGGACUUGAAAUUGACGAUUAAUAAGAAGGUGAAUGAUGCGGAGGAGUCGAGCAUGGGUCAUCGGCAUAUUUCUUGGAAGCAUGUGUGGGCAAACUUCUGCCUUUCAUGCCACAACGAGAAGCUACUCGAUGACAAUGCUUCACUUCACGAUUACGGCCUGAGGAACAAUUCUCAAGUACAACUUGUUCCAUAUGUUGUCUCAAGAGCUUCCCGGAAGCACACUAAGAGCAGAAAACAUCGUUUCUUUCAUGGUCUAAACAGGAAAUCUUGA